GAAAAAUGGUUGAAAUAAAUUUAUUCCUCUCUUUGCUUUUCAACUGUAGCCAUAGCCAUAGUGGGCAUUUCUCUCUUUUGAGGUCCCCCACUCUUCCCUCCCCCCCUCUAUUUCUUCAUCUCCGCCCCUCUCUCAACUCAUAAAAAUCAAGGAAAAAGCCAAUCUGAGGAAGAAUGGCGACGGAUCCCACUCCCACUUCCACGCCCUCAAUGUACCUCGAAGAUAUGGCCGAGGUACAGAAAGUUUUCGACCGCUUCGACACCAAUAACGACGGCAAGAUCUCCCCCGGCGAGCUCGGUGGCGUGUUGAAGGCUCUGGGAUCCGAAAGCUCGCCCGAUGAAGUCGCCCGGAUGAUGGGGGAGAUUGACACCGACAAGGACGGCAACAUCAACCUCCAAGAGUUCGCCGCCUUCUGCAGCGCCGAAGCGGACCCCUACCACUCGGCUGAGAAGGAGCUGAGAGAGGCGUUCGAGCUCUACGACCAGAACCACGACGGCAAGAUCUCGGCGGCGGAGCUCCAGAAGACCCUUCUGCGCCUCGGGGAGCACUGCUCCAUCGAGGACUGUGCCGGGAUGAUCAAGCCCAUCGAUGCCAACGGGGACGGCUACGUGAGUUUCGAAGAGUUCAAGAAGAUGAUGACCAACAAUAAAAGUAACAACGGCAAGGCGAAGUAGGCGGCGUGUCCGGGACCAGAUGUUUCUUCUAAUCAACGGUACAAGAUUAAUCUGAUUUGCUUUGGGAGAUAUGUAAUUGACUGCAAAUUUGUACGGACAGUCUGAAAUCCUUUGCUUACUUUUGUAAUGACUAUAAAGAUAACUUCUGAUUUGGAUGACAUCUGCCUUAAAUCUUUUCAUACCAUUUA